AUGUCACGCCCCACCACGCGAAAAGCCGCGCCAAAAGGCGAGUACAUCGAAACGGACUCAGGCAACAAAGUAUCCCGACGUAGCGCCAUCACGGGAACGGCCAACAUCACGCUCGGCGGGCGCACCGUCAUCAUGGCCGAUGUGCAGCUACGCGGGGACUUGCACCCGACACGCUCCGCGCCGUCGCAGUCGGGCAAGGACGUGACGCCGACGAGCAUUAGCAUUGGGCGGUGUACGGUGAUUAGCCAGGGCAGCGUGAUUAAGCCGCCGAGUAGGAUUAGUAGGGGUAUGGUGCAUUAUUAUCCCAUGAAGAUUGGGGAUAAUGUUUUUGUUGGUCCCAAUUCUACCAUCCAGGCUAUAUCUAUCUCGUCACAUGUUCAUAUUGGCGAACAUUGCACUAUCGGCGCCUUUGCUAUUAUUAAGGAAAACGUAAAGAUUCUGCCGCAUACGGUUGUUCCGGCUAAUAUGGUUAUUGCGUCGGGGUCGGUCGUGGGUGGUCAGCCGGCGAGGGUGGUGGGUGAAGUGGGUGAAGGGUGGGGCGUUAGUGGUGGUGGAGGCGGUGGGUUGGGGAUUGGGGGUGGUGGUGAGGAGAAGUGGGUCGAGGGUGGUGACUUGAGGGAGUUAGUGAGGAGUAUUCGGUAG